GCCUCCCGCGGGCGCGGCGGCUGCCGGGCGGUGUCGUGCGGCCCCCCGCGCCCGUGCGGGGACUAUGAAGCACCAUGGUGUGGUGUGACCGUGGCGUCCAGAUGCUGCUGACCACGGUGGGCGCCUUCGCAGCCUUCAGCCUCAUGGCCAUCGCCAUCGGCACCGACUACUGGCUCUACUCCAGCGCCCACAUCUGCAACGGCACCAACAUCACGACGGACGAGGCGCAGGGGCCGCCGCGGCGGGCGCGGGGCGAUCUCACGCACUCGGGGCUCUGGAGGAUCUGCUGCCUCGAAGGAAUCUACAAAGGACAUUGUUUCCGGAUCAACCACUUCCCUGAGGACAAUGACUACGACCACGACAGCUCAGAGUACCUUCUCCGCAUCGUCCGUGCCUCCAGCGUGUUCCCCAUCCUAAGCACAAUUUUGCUGUUGCUGGGAGGACUCUGUGUCGGAGCAGGAAGGAUUUACAACAGCAAAAACAACAUUAUUCUCAGCGCUGGGAUUCUCUUUGUUGCAGCAGGUCUCAGUAAUAUCAUAGGGAUCAUUGUCUACAUAUCGAGCAAUGCAGGUGACCCAAGUGACAAGCGAGAUGAGGACAAAAAGAACCAUUACAACUAUGGCUGGUCUUUUUAUUUUGGAGCCUUGUCUUUUAUCGUGGCCGAAACCAUAGGUGUUCUGGCUGUGAACAUUUAUAUUGAGAAGAACAAAGAGCUGAGGUUUAAGACCAAGAGGGAAUUCCUUAAGACUUCUUCCAGUUCUCCUUAUGCCAGGAUGCCAAGCUAUAGGUACAGGAGGCGGAGGUCCAGAUCCAGCUCCCGCUCCACGGAGCCUUCUCCAUCCAGGGACAUUUCUCCAGUUGGCAUGAAGAUAGCAGGCACCAUCCCCAUGAACGAAAUCUCCAUGUACACCCUUUCCAGGGAGCCUUUGAAGGUUACCACGGCUGCCAGCUACAACGCAGACCAAGAAGCCAGUUUCCUGCAGGUCCACAACUUCCUCCAGAAGGAGUUUAAGGAAGGACUCCACGUCAACAUGGUCAACAGGAGAACGACGCCGGUGUGAAGCACCUUCCUUCCUCGUGCUUUUUGAAGAGAUGCCCAAGCAGAAUGGAUCUGUCAGGAGUGAUGUUAAAAUACCCUCUCACCUCUUUAAUUGUGGCAUGUGUUGAGGUAGCAAGUGGAGAUCCUCUGGACCAACAUAAAGAUAUUUACACGCUCGUAGCUUUUUUUGAAGCUAUUUGGAGUUUGUUUAUUUCCGUUCUUGGUGUCACAAGAUGAAGGCAGUUCAUGUUCCUGCACUUUUGUAGUGUCUACACAGUCUUGGAGAAACUGCAAAGGACUGGCCACCAGUGUGUUUUAAAGGAUUACAGAAAAUUUGUUGUACUUUUUUUUUUUUUUCUAAUAUUGAGAUCCCUUAAUACAAACUUGCAAAUAUAAUUUAUAACCAAGCCCAAGGAUGAAAAUGAGCUACUCAUCAAGUGAGCCACUUUCCUUCAACACGGCGUAAGCUUUGCCUCUUUCAAAAUAAAAAAAAAAAAAGAAAAAAAAGAAAAAAAAAAGAAAAUAUUUUUGAAGGCAACACUUUCUAAAACUGACCUGUGCCACUGAAACCGUAGAGCACCCACGUACUGAGCAUUAGAGACUCUCUGAUGGGGUGGGAAGGGGGUCUCCCAUUCCUGGGGUAAGGCAUCCCUUGGGGCAGCACAGGCCGAGGAGCAGAGGGUGGGUGCGUCUUGAAACACCUG